GACGUGCGUGAUCGUUCAGGUGCCACGAUCGGCUCCGUCAAGAUGCAGUGCACCCUGAUAUAUCCGAAUUUCUCAGUGCUGGACAGCGAGAAAAACGCUGUCCUGCUGAUUAAGGGGCCCUGCUGCACAAGAUCCAUCUGUUGUGAGAACGUGAAGUUCGAUAUCGUAACCAUGGACGGCGCCACGAAGAUUGGCGCGAUAACGAAGCUCUGGGGCGGAUUGUGCAAGGAAGCCUGCAGCGUAGGCGAGAGCUUCGCGGUCACCUUCCCCUUGGAUUUGGACGUCAAGAUGAAGGCCGUGCUGCUCGGUGCCGUCAUUCUACUUGACUGCAUAUACUACGAGGGCGGAUUCUGUGCGACGUGCUGGACUUGUGCCUGUCAGCUGGAGUGCAGAAGUCGUUAAAGUUGACAGCAGAUUAGACAUACGCACAAGUUUCCAGCCUACAACACACUUGACUGCUACGAAAAAAAGUGA